GCGUUAAACUGUUUUAUUACUUAGCAACAAUAAAGCAGACGAUAGAAGCUUGAUUUGCCACUAAUUUAAAAUAUGUUAAAAGUUGAUGGAAUCGCCGAAGCAAACUCUCCAGCCACUCGGCUGGAUACGCUUUUGUUGGAAAUGGGUGCAGAUGUUGAAAAGGCCAGUGAGGAUAAUUGCGCUCUAGCCUUUCAAACAUUUGAUGAAAUUUUACCUCAAUUAGGCGUCUAUGUCCGUUUGAUGAGAAGAGUUCGAAAUAUUCUUUUUACAUCGGUAUACAGUGAUCAAUAUACUGCAAAAGAUAAUAAAAUCGAAAGAACGCCUUUUUUUACGCUACUAUCAAAAAUUCAUCAGGAAAGAGAAGAGAGAGCGGAAAAGCUUGAAAAAUAUGUUGAAAGACUGAAAAAAGCUUUGCUAGAUAAAGAAAAUGAAAUUAUCUCCAUCUCAAACAACAUAGACAAUUUACACGAUCGUUUAGCGAAAAGUGAAGAUCAAAUUGUGCAAUUUGAAGAAGAAUUGACUCAAAGAAGAAUAGAUGUGGAAAGUUUAGAGAAAACUUUGGAGGGUGAAAGAGAAGAGGCAAAGAGAGUGAAAGAAGAUUUAAGUAGUGAUAUUGAAAAUUUAAAGGCUGGCUUAACUGAAGCUAGAGAUGAAGUUGGUAAUCUUCAAAAUUAUAAAAUGGGCUAUGACGAAUUAGAGCAAGCAUUUCAAGUUGGAUCAUCAAUUCGCGAGAAAACUGGUAAAUCGAAUGCAUCAACAAGAGAGAAUCUUUUACUAUCAAAUUUGGAUUCGGCUUUCAAACUUGAACAACAAAUACUCCAAGCUGAAAAUGCAUUAAUUGAAGAUAUGGAUAAGACAUUGGAAGAGCAUAACGAACGUCUAGUGGAUACUGAUUACGAUGUGGAAACUGGUGAAGUUAUUUUAUCGUCUAAAAAGGAAAAGUUUAGAAUGGCUAUUGAUGAAAUAAACACUGAAUUAAUUCUAUUACGACAACACGCCUCAGUUCUUAAUGAAGAAUUGAAUAGAAUUCAACAGAAAAAUGAGAGACCCAAGCUAUCUUCUCAAUCGAAUAGGUCAAAGUCAAAGCUUACAGUUGGUCUUGUAGAUCCUGAAGAAGUAAAGAAAGACGAUCCUUUUAUAGCCAAUGAAAGAGUAUUGGGGAAAUAUUCGGCCGUUAUUUAUACAUCUGACAAUGAGGGAAAACACUUUCACGAGCUUAAAGGAGUUGAUUUCUGCAAAAAUUGCGGUCAAAAGGUUGUUCUAUGUCCCCACAGAGCGACUGGUGCCCCAACGCCUUUGGUUGUUGAAUUACCUCCAAAAACAACUCAUAUUAAAAUAGUUAGACCUAUUUUGAAGUUGGAUCGUAGGAGACAGUUACAAAUGACCAAAGAUAGGCCGGGAACUACAGCGACAGAUUUUGAUUUGGAAAACAUGUCUACAUAUUCUAGAAGUAAAGCUCCAAGUAUGGGUUCUAUUCAGCCAAGACAGAGUCCAUCUGUUUCUAUGGUAUCCGUAGCCGAAUCAGCUGGUAUGCAGCACUAUUCAUCACAAAUUUUACUACAUCCAAUGCAAAGAGUUUGGGAUGAUUUUAAAUCUAGAACAUCUUUGGAACGACAAGUUCCCAGACCACUUAAUCUUCAGCGAACCAAAUCAAUGUUAAAGAGUUUCUCCGCCUAUAUUUUAAGACAAGAUGCUGAGGAAAACGCAACAGGAUAUUGGUGCGUCCUUGAUACUUUGUACAGAUACAUGUUUGAUAGAUAUUCGAAGGCUGACGUAGCAUAUUUAUCAGCUUAUGAUUGGUUGGCAGCAUUGAUUGAAUUUUCAGCAUCAGAUAAAUUCAUGUCAUUGUUUCUUCAUACAUUGGUAGGGAAUCUAGACGCUUCAUCUUUUCGCUAUGUCCUUUUAAUUAACGACCUGUUGUCCAAUUUUAUUUGGUCCAAAGUAGAAGAUGUUCGUCAUCUGGCGGUAGUUUUAUAUCCAACUCUAACAGAUGACGAACUGGAUCAAGUUGUCAUGGGUUAUACAUCUUGGAGUGAGAAUAAAACAUCAGCUUCAUUAAUAUCCGAUUACAUUAUAAAUAUUAUAUUAAAGUGGAGAGAGCCCAGAUUCGUUGAAACUCACUCAAGAUUACAACUAUAUGUCGACGAAACUGAAGUCGUCGACGAAAUAAGAUUCGGUGAGGCUUGCAAUACAAUGAUAGGAUCUUGUGACGAAAGAAUAAGGAAGAGACUUUAUCAAGAGGCUCUAGAAUUUGCCGAAAGUAAAGAUAAUGUUAAGGGAGGAGUACCAAUUCAAAAGCUAGCUCAGGUUAUCUCUUACUUAGAAUUGAUACAAAUCUUUGGAGAGACGGGAGAGAAUGAUAUUCAUUCGUACUUGUCAAAGUAUUUACCAGAAACUGACGAACCAUCGUGCCUAAUAACUUAUAGUACUUGUUUAGAAAUGGCUAGUAAAUUAUAUACAAAUCAAUAAAAGACAUCUUAUUAUUUUU